ACCCUACUUUCCACAAAUGGGCAUCUUCCCAGAAAUAGCCUGGGCCUGCCCUGACUAGGUGGGGUCUCCAUCUAACCCUCCUCUCUCUUUGUUUCAGUGAAAGAGUUCUUAGCAAAAGCCAAAGAAGAUUUUCUUAAAAAAUGGGAAAAUCCCGCCCAGAAUACAGCCCACCUGGAUCAGUUUGAACGAAUCAAGACCCUUGGCACGGGCUCCUUUGGGCGGGUGAUGCUGGUGAGGCACAAAGAUAUUGGGAACCACUAUGCCAUGAAGAUCCUCGACAAACAGAAGGUGGUGAAGCUGAAACAGAUCGAGCACACCCUGAAUGAAAAGCGCAUCCUGCAAGCGGUCAGCUUUCCGUUCCUCGUCAAACUUGAGUUCUCCUUCAAGGACAACUCCAACUUAUACAUGGUCAUGGAGUACGUGCCCGGUGGGGAGAUGUUCUCACACCUACGGAGGAUCGGAAGAUUCAGCGAGCCCCAUGCCCGCUUCUACGCAGCCCAGAUCGUCCUGACCUUCGAGUACCUGCACUCACUCGAUCUCAUCUACCGGGACCUGAAGCCGGAGAACCUCCUCAUUGACCAACAAGGCUACAUUCAGGUGACAGACUUCGGUUUUGCCAAGCGUGUCAAAGGCCGCACCUGGACAUUGUGUGGGACCCCCGAGUACCUGGCCCCUGAGAUUAUCCUAAGCAAAGGCUAUAACAAGGCUGUGGACUGGUGGGCCCUGGGGGUCCUCAUCUAUGAGAUGGCAGCCGGCUACCCGCCUUUCUUCGCUGACCAGCCCAUCCAGAUCUACGAGAAGAUCGUCUCUGGGAAGGUGCGGUUCCCAUCACACUUCAGCUCUGACCUGAAGGAUUUACUGCGGAACCUCCUGCAGGUGGACCUCACCAAGCGUUUCGGGAACCUCAAGAACGGAGUCAAUGACAUCAAGAACCACAAGUGGUUUGCCACGACUGACUGGAUUGCCAUCUACCAGAGGAAGGUGGAAGCUCCCUUCAUACCAAAGUUUAAAGGCCCUGGAGACACGAGUAACUUUGACGACUAUGAGGAGGAAGAGAUCCGGGUCUCCAUCAAUGAGAAGUGUGGCAAGGAGUUUGCUGAGUUUUAGGGGUGUGCCUCUGCCCCGUGGGUUUUCUUUUUU